AUGACAAUUUCACUUGGUCUCAGUAUGGCAGCUGUUAAGUACAUGCAAGUACAGUGUACACUCGCCAAUGUUGCUCCAAGAGAUGGUCCCCAAGGCAUCCGACAAGUCUUGGAAAUGGUCCCCAAGGCCUGCAUCAGCCUCAAUUGUCUGAUGAAUGUGGUGAACUGCAAGACGGCGUCGUCGGCUGAGUCUCGGUUUGGCUGGCUCGCAGAGCUUCAAGCGGACAAGUUCCAGGACAACCGCGACCGAAGCUCAACCAGCAUUCGGGGGAGCAAUCCGCGCUGA